GCCGCUGCGUCUUUUUCCUUGUUCGUUCUCAUUUUGCACCGUGCGCCUCGUGCCGCCGUUUGUGUCGUGUCGGAGCACGCGACACCACGUGAACCCUCGUCUCUUUUCUUUGCUGCCUGGCCGCUGUGCACGGCGUCUGCGCGUGGAGUCGGUGCCCAUCGCCAGCGCAUCGGAGGCAUCUGAUACGGUGACACAUCGCCGCGUCGCCUUACACCGCUGGAGAGUGCAGCUGCUGCGCCAGGGCGGCGUCACCGUGACGUGCGGCGGAGGGCGUACGAAUCUCAAACGUUUCUUCCGCUGCCCUCCCCCCCCCCCCCGCCUCGGCGCACCGACCACACGCUGUUUUCGUUGUCUUCCCGCCCAACGCCCCGUGAACCGGCGGAUACACCCCCCUGCCCACUGCUCCCGCAGCGUCGUCCGCGCCGAUCCGUCACGAUGCCUGUGCACGCCUCCGCGCCGUUGUUGAGCGAGCAGCCUGACGCGGCGGGCGAGGCCGCCGUCUCUGUCAGCCACCCCCAGCUUGUAUGCGACACGCAGGCCGACUCGGCAGCGUCCGCCUUCAUUCCUUCGUGGACUCCAAGCGCCCGACGGUCGGUCGGCGUUGCAUCGAAGCACCGCCGAUGUUGCCGCCGUAGUGGAUGCGGUGCCAGUACUGUUCGGAUCGUGAUCCUGCUAGUGCUGCUGUCGCUGUGCGCCGUGAACCUGGCGGCUUUCACCAGCAAUGGCGGCCCUUACACCGACGGCGCCUAUAGUCGCAUGGCGACGCCGACGCCCUCGAAUGCGUCCCCACCGAAGCCUCCUCGCGCUGCGCCUGGUGCGUGGAACGCGACUCUGUCCGUGGCGGUGACGCACGAGGCGCCGCUGACGUGUCUCGACAGCCGCCAGCUGCAGCAGCGCGCGGCCGGUGGUGCGUCGGCGACGGUGAUGCGGCGGUCGCAGCUGCCGUCGUGGACGCUGCGCGUGGUGGAUGCGCUGUGCGACGAGUGCCUGGACAACGCGACGCACGCGGCUGCUGUGGCGCGGCAGCUUGGUGCGUCCACUGCGUCCGCGGACGGCGCGUUGCCCGCUGCGACUGUGUUUGCGACGCCGAGCGCGCCGCUUGGGCUUGCGGGCCCGAUGCUGUUUGCGAUGGCGAGCGUGACGGACGGCGUAGCUGUUGGCGCUGAGCUUGCGCGGUGGAGCUGGGUGCUGCGGUCGUACGCGGUGCGGCGGCAGUUCCGUGGCGCGUCGCCUGUGGGGCUGAGGGGCGGGACGUCGCCGUACCUCGUGGUGCUUGGGAUCCCGUCGACGGACCAGCCGGUGCGGUCGUCGCUGCGUGAUGCACAGCGCGACACGUGGCUGUCGUACGCGGAGGUUGCGCGGAGCGGGAACGACUUCCGCGGUGCGCUGCUGCCGCUGUACAUCUUCGCUGCUGCGGAGCGCGAGCAGCCGCACGCUGUGCUGGACGUGUCGCCGCUGCUGCCGACGGUGGCGGAGUACGAGGCCGCGUCUGCGGUGCUGCUGAGGCCUGGUAGUGCUGCUGGUGCGGUGCGGAGCUACGCUGAGCGUCGCGUGCGGCUUGCGGUUGAUGUUGGCGCUGUGGGCGCCGGUGACGCGCUGCUGGCCGAGUCGCCGUGUGCGGCGAUCGUGUCGAGGCCUGCGACGCCCGCUGCGGGCACCGGCGCGGACGCGACGUGGCUGUCGCAGCUUGCGUCUGCGCUGGCGCUGCCGGUGCGUCCCGCCGCUGUGGCGGCCGCGGAGUUCGUGUGCGGCGCGUCGACUGCGCUGUGGCAGGAGGCGUUGGCGCACCGCAACAUGGUGUGGGUGGACAUGAUGACGGACCGGCGCCCGAGCUCGAAGAAGAAGCUGGGCGAGGGUGGCAACUGGGGCCUGCCGGUGGAGGUUGGGAUGACGCAGAAAACCGUCCUGUGGCUGGAGUACGCCUACCACGCGUUCCCCGAUGUGCCGUACAUCAUGAAGGGCGACGACGACACGUACCUGAAGGUGCCGCAGUUCAUGAGCGACGUCCGUUACAUGCGUGCUGGUUUCAAGGGCAAGCGUGUGCGGAGUCCGCCGGAGGUGCGCGAUGCGGUGGGCGUCGCGGAGACGGAGGAGUGCAUUUACUGGGGCAGCUGGGUGCGUAAUGCUCAUUGGAACCGCUUGCGUUAUCACGAGGGCAGCGGGUACAUGCUGCACCGCCGUCUGGUUCAGGUGGUGCUGGAGGCGACGGACCGGCUGAAUGCGGAGGCGGUGCAUCUGGCGGUCAUUCCUUUCGAUAGCGAAUACAAAGAGGUGUAUAGAGCGCUUGUCAUGAGCGUCGAGGACGCCUUUGUGGGCCGCGUGUUGCGAGACAGGCGGGACCGCAUUCGCGAGGUCUGCCCCUUCCACCGCGCCACGUACGUGGAGGAGCGAAAGGUGCGCCACUAUGACUUGUAUUCCAGAAACUACAGUGUGACGUGGGCCUCGGUGCUGAUGCACCACGUCUCUCCCUCUGAUCAGUACUAG